CGCUGCGUCUAUUAGCUAUUCCGAUAGUGUAUGGAUGGGCCAUUUACCGUCUUAUGGAGGUUUUCAACACAGUCCAGAUAAAAUAGAGAUCAGUUGGAAAGCACAGUUGCUGCGCAUUUUUGACGUCUCACACCAGGAAUUGGUCAAUGAAGAGAAAGUGGUAUCUAGAGGUUUCCACCUAGAGAUGUCACAACGACAUUGCCAUAGUUUUUUUCAUUCCCACUGAAAGGAGAACGAGGUUUAUUUUAAGAAUUUUCUAUUAUAUGACCUCCUCCUAAAUGUGUGUGUGCGUGUGUAUAUAUUUAUAUACCAGUGGCCUGUACUACGAAGCCGGGUUACUGGUUUAUCGGGGUAACUUGUCAGAUUUAAGGUACCACAGUUUAAAUGGACUUCAUAUUCGUUCACUUACAUUUUGCCCAGACUACCUUAAAUAACCCCGAUAAGCCAGUAACCCCGCUUCGUAGUACAGGCCACUGGUUUUCAAAUUUUUGUUUUUGACAGGUCAGAAGUGUUUCGUUUUCCCGUUGCAAAAUUACCGAUAAAUUACUUCUCAAAGGCAUCGCUUCAAAAUCACUAGAGACUUGUCAAAGCUAUGCCUCCUGAGAAGAAGAGGAAGGUCAAUGUUACGGUGCAGCCAGCGAUUGCCAGGCAGUAUUUAGCUGAACAUUUCAAGGAUUAUGGAGAGGAACCUUCAACGCCUCUUGUAGAUGAACCUUCACCUAUUGUUAAGGAAGAUGAUAAUGACAGACCAACCCCAUGCAAAGAUUCUGAAGAGGUUCUUGUCCUUCAAGAAAGUGACUCCCCAGUUAUUAAGUCAACUCCUCUUCCACUGUCACCACAACCAGGACCUUCAAGUACUGUUUCUCUCAGAAGUGACCAGAUGACUCCACGGAAAGCAAAAAUGAAACAGGAAACUGAAUCAGCUCGUCUCCAUAAUAUCGAUGCUGAGGAGUUAAUGGGGAUGUUUUCGGCUGCUCAGCGACGUGGGCCAAGUGCAACCCUUUGUUUUCUUUCGUGCCGCAUGAGGGCAAUAAAGAAUAGAACAGUGAAAUAUCUACACAGUCUUGAUGAGGAGAAAAGGGAUAAGAUCUUGAAGAAAGCUGUUUCAUAUGGCAGGCAACAGAGGAUGAAAAGGCGUAAAAGGCAAAAAUAUCUUAGUGAUGAGUUGAUCAAAAGACAAGAUGAGAAGAAACAGGCCAGGCAUUCAGCGAAAAGAAGGGAAUUGGAAAGGAACAUGAAAUACGGUCUAGAAUCUGUCCUUAAAGAUUUCACUGUCAAUGAGGAAACCAAAGAACAGAUUCAAGACAUUCUUGAUGGCAGAGCAGUAGGAAGAAAUAUUGCACAUGUUUGGAAUGAGGAUGGCAACAUUGUAUCAUAUAAUGGGAGAAUAGAGAAGCUCAAGAAAGCUUCAUGUAAAUACAGGGUGUCAUAUUGGAAUCAUGAUGGGGCAUAUGAAGAUGCUGAAGAUUAUGACAUGUCAAUAUUUGCCUUGGCUGUUGAUCUCCUUCUUGGAGAUCUCAUUCUUUCAGACUAACAUUGACUAACUUACUCAGGAUGUUUUUGCAUAAAGACUUCAUAGAUUUGAUCAGUUGGCUGAACACAGACAGUUUAUUCAUAUAUAUCAUAGAUGGUAGGACUAUUACUAUAUUAUUAUUAUUAUUCUAUUCAUGCAGAGACUAGUUUUGAAUAUUCCAAGUGGAUUAACAAGAGACUUUAAUAAAGUUUGUUUCAUUUUAAGGAA